CCCGGACGGCUCCGCCGCAGAGCGCUAGCUCUGGCGCUGUGUCGCUGCCUCUGGCCGCGGGCGGGGGAGCUGGCGCCGCCGCUUUAAAUAUGACAGCGAGGAGAAGUUUCCAGAAACUGCGGCAGCCCCUUGCCGGCUCCACGUGCGGCUUCCGCUUCCGCCUUCUCCGGCUUUCUCGAACAAUGCUAACCAAUGGCGGGCGGAGGAACGCAGUGACGUGUUUCGUUCUCAUGGCGACCCGGGACGCCGCGGAUUCUGCGCCGGCGGCGGCUGUCAGACUGGAAGGAAGCCGGCUGAACAGGAGGCUGUCGGGACCUGAAUUUUGUUUGGCUAUAAGUGUAGCUGCUGAAGAUGCAAAGGAACAGAUUGAGCAACUGGUAUCACAGGAGUCUGGAAAAAGUGGAGAAUCAAAUAAAAUAAACAUAGAAUUACAAGAAAUUGUAUUUGUCAUCCAGAGUCAAAGUAACUCUUUUCAUUCAAAAAGAGCAGAAGAUUUAGAGCGCAAUAUUUUAAAACAGGCUGAAGAGCUUGGAAAGGAAUUACCUAGAGUUCUGCUUAUUCAUCAGAUGGAUAGACAUGAUGGUGCAUGGACUAUACUACCAUUAAUGCAAGACUUCUCUGCUUCCUAUGGUAGAAACUCCUCAUGGAUUUUCUUCUGUGAAGAAGAUACAAGAAUACAAAUUGUUAAACUGCUGGAAACACUUAGAAGAUUUGACAAGUCUAAGGAAUGGUUCUUAGGAAAAGCAUUAUAUGAUGAAGAAUCUACAAUAAUACAUCAUUAUGCCUUUGCUGAAAAUCCUACAGUCUUUAAAUUUCCAGAUUUUGCUGCUGGCUGGGCACUUAGCAUUCCUCUUGUAAACAAGCUUGCAAACAGGCUGAAAAGUGAACCACUUAAGUCAGACUUUACAAUAGAUUUAAAACAUGAGAUUGCAUUAUAUAUUUGGAAGAAAGGCAAUGGACCGCAUCUUACUCCAGUGCCUGAGUUUUGUACGGAUGACUUGAACUCAUAUAAGGCUGUUCACUGUGCCACAAUGUUCAGUAACUUCCUACCAGUUUGCGGAGACCCAGUGAAGAAAGAGGAUAUCUUUGUUGCUGUAAAAACAUGCCGAAAAUUUCACAGAGACAGAAUACCGAUUGUAAAGCAGACCUGGGAAGGUGAGGCUGCCCUUGUUGAAUAUUAUAGUGAUUAUGCAGAGACCUCCAUUCCUACUAUAGAUUUAGGAGUACCUAAUACUGAAAGAGGUCAUUGCGGGAAGACUUUUGCCAUUUUGGAAAGAUUUUUGAAUCACAGUUCUUCCAAAACACCGUGGUUAGUCAUUGUGGAUGAUGACACCUUAAUAAGUAUCUUUAGGCUGCGGAAAUUACUCAGCUGCUAUGACCCAAAUGAACCAGUGUUUCUUGGAGAGCGUUAUGGCUAUGGAUUGGGAACAGGAGGAUAUAGUUAUAUCACUGGCGGAGGAGGGAUGGUUUUCAGCAGAGAAGCAAUCCAAAAACUACUUGCUAGUAAAUGCCAGUGUUACAGCAAUGAUGCUCCUGAUGAUAUGGUCCUUGGAAUGUGUUUCAGUGGUUUAGGAAUCCCCAUAACACACUGUCCACUUUUCCAUCAGGCAAGACCAAUGGACUAUCCAAAGGACUACCUUGCUCACCAAAUUCCAAUAUCAUUUCACAAGCAUUGGAACGUUGAUCCAGUCAAGGUGUAUUUCACAUGGCUGGCACCAAAGAUGGAAGAUUCAUUUACUGAAAAGAAACAGAGACGUAUUAGGGAAGAUUUAUAAUAUAUAAAAUAUUUUAAAUCUCAGUAAGGUACUGCGGAUUAGUGAGAGACAGGCUGUACUGUAGUUUUGGUGUUGUAUUGUACUACUUGUCUGCAUUAUUGCAUAGAACACUGAAUGUUUCAAUCCAGUAUGUGUUACACUUCUUAGAAAAGAAAGAGGGAACCAUCUUGAUUGUGUGUGUGGGGGGACGGUGGGUGGUUUGAGGAUUUAUUUUCGGAAAUACCUUGAAUCUUGUGACCAUUAUAUUUAACAUUUUAAAUGUCGUAUAUGGUAUUUUUGUACGUUCCCUUUUGGAAUUCUCUGUCAAACACCAGCAAUUCACAUUUCUCUUUUCCUCACUGUCUAGUAGUGGCCUAAGUUCCAUAUGUAGGGGCCUAAUUCUAAAAGGUACUGGAUACCUACACUUCCCAAUGACUUCAGAAGAACUUCUGGGUUCUUGAAAUCAGUCAAAAUCAGGCCUUAGGUAAUGAAAGGGUAGGGAGGUGUGUAUUUUAAUAAACAGAGGUCUGGAAAGAAAACAUCAUGUACUGUACUUUGUAUUGUUUCCAAAUAGAGAUGUUGCAGAUGCAUGGGUAGAUGACUCCCUUUUGAGUUUGAACUACUAUUGCACUUUUAAACAUGUUAGCUUUUGUAGGAAAUAUCACCCUAGGAAAUCCAAAGGAAGGUCUGGGAUUCUUAAAUUGACUACAAAAUGUCGCCAUGGUUCAUUAAGAAACCUAGGUGACAAUUUCUAUCUUUGGCAACUAUAAAUGUUUGUCUCUUAAGGAAUUUUGAAAAUCUAAUGUUUAGAUAUUUAUAAUGUGCACAUCACCAUAGUAUCUAAGUGCCAAGCUAAAAAUUAGUUUGUAACAUCCAUAAUUUAUAUUAUCUACAGCAGGAAUCGGCAACCUUUGGCACGUGGCCCACCAGGGUAAGCACCCUGGUAGGCUGGGCCAGU